AUUUCGUCCAUCAGAGACCGAAUUUCUAUCCGGAUCGGGCCUUCGGAGCAAUUUCCGUCGGAUGGCUGGAGAUGAGCUAGGUGUCGACCUGCGGUACUACCGGUUCAAAGCGCUGGGCGGAGCUUUGAGGGAUGUCUUCCACGUUGACCCGGCCAGCGCACCAGCUUUGGGCAGCGACGGGACGCACACCUGGCUCCGCACUGGGAACAGCGAGCCUGAGAGGGCGGCCAGGAGAGCAGUGGCAGGUCAGACCAGCCGCUGCGUGGAGUGUUUGGGCUACGUCUUGGGCAACCAGACCGUGCUUUUGCGCCACAUCAGCCGCUGCGUGGCGGGCACCAAGCUGGUGUCCCCCUCCUGUGGUUUCUGGCCCACUGCCGACACCUCCUUGCCUGAGCCGUCCGCAACUUCGAGCCUUGUCUUUGAGCAGAAGACCGUUCUGGAGUCCGCGGAAGCGUGGUGCGCCAAAGGUUACAAGGUGGCGGCGGUGAACGCCGCUUCCGCGUACCACUGCGGGGGCGGGUUCUCCAGCGGGGGCAGGCAUGCGCUCGAGGAGUCCAUGUGCGUGCAGAGCACCUUGUAUUCCUCGCUGCAGCGGGGCCAGCAGUUGGCCCAUGAGGCCAACGUCAGAUCUCCCCCCUGGCUGGGGGAUCGCUGGACGCCGCAUCUACCUGCAGAUGGGGCGCUGCUGUCGCCCUGGGUGGAAGUCUUUCGGCGGGGCACCAACGAAGGCUACCCCUUCAUGCAGCGACCCUUUUUGCUGCAGGCCAUGAUCUCCGUGGCGAUGCCGAACCGCAACGAGCGCAUGUCCGACUCCCCGGUGGAUGCGCCCCGAGAUCACACCGAGUACAUGGAGGCGCUGAAGGCGCGGUGGCGGGCAGCGCUGGUGGCGGCCUUUGUGGCCGGGGCCAACUGCCUGGUGCUGCCGGACGCGGGCUGCGGGGUCUUCAGGAACGAGCCCCAGGCAGUGGGGCGCGCCCUGGGUGAGGCGUUGCUGGUUUUGGGAAGCGCCUUUGAGCAAGUAGUGCUCGCCAGCCCGGCCGCUGCCACCGGCCGAGCCUGCGCCGAUGCAGCCCUGGCGGUGUUCGCCGAUGCGAACCCCGCGGCGACCAUCUCCGAGGAAGCGCCGCCGGCGUG